UCCAGACUAUGUAACAAAACAUGUUAAAUAACAAAGUUUUAUAACUUGUUAGAGAAAUUCAAGUAAAAAAGUUAUAAAACACAAUGUUAUACAACAGUUUUCUUGUUAUAUAACAAAAAUUAUGUUAUCCAUUAGGUGUCGGUAAAGAUCAAAGAAAGUUAUAAAACUUUGUUUUAUAACACGCCGCGACUUGUCCACACUUGUGUUAUUAAACAUUUAGGUACUGUAGGACGAGCGGCGUUUGAAUUUAGUAUUGCCAGAACUCUCGCGGUGCACACAGUAAUUUUUGUUAAUUUUUUUACGCAAUGGAAUGGUCGAAAGAACUUACCACUCAUUUAAUUGAGUUAUUUCGUGAGCAUCGAGUAUUAUGGGAUCCUACCUUCAUGGAUUUUAAAAACAGGAAUAAAAAACACGACGCAUGGACUGAACUAGGUGCAGAAUUGAAAACAAAUGCAAGUGAAGUUGAAAAAAAAAUGCGUAUGCUUAUGGGGCAGUUCCAGCGGGAGUUGAAAAAAGGGAGGAGUGGUGAUGGAGCUGAUGCUCCGUAUAAAACAAAAUGGAUUUUUUUUAAAAUGCUUUUAUUUUUAAAAGACAAAAAUGAGCCACGGCAUUCUACUGAUGGUGGUCUAUCUCCCGAACAAGAUACACAAGAUACUAGUGACAACAAAACAGCAGAGGAAGAAGGGCAACUAGAGUCACAUCCAGAAGUGCAAAGUGAUAUCGAAAAAUGUCAAGAAAAACCUGUAAUAAAAACCGUUGCACGUGUUCCUACCACAAAAGGUACCAAGAGAAGAGUGUUAGAUGCGAAAUCUGAAGAAGCUUACGCGAUAAUGAAACAACUAUCAAGUAACGUGAAAAAACGAGAUGACUUCGAUGUGUAUGGUGAAUAUGUAGCCGGGAUCUUGCGGAAUCUAAAAAGCAAGUCGGUUCUAGCCGUCGCGAAAUAUGAAAUAAAUAAUGCUCUCUACCGAGCGGAGAUAGCAGAGAUAUCUUCAAAUACACCUGAGCCAUCCACUACUCCGGCAUCUGAUACACCUGCAUCUACUCCACUUUCACCAACUACAACAGACACUGACACUCAAUCAUACAAUAGACCUGGGUCGUCUACCAUGCCGUCCGCUACAAAUAUAUCCACUACUUCACCAAUUCAAACAGACACUGACACUCAAUCAUACGCAGGCGCAGAAGACAUAAGUGAGAAUGAAUUAACCUUUACACAAAUGCUUCUGAAUUUAUAAAUGUCCUGAUUUUUUCUAAUUGCAAAUGAAUGAAUAAAGAGGUUUAGAAAAAGUCUAUGUACUUACUUUUAUU